CAAGUUGCUGCUGCGUCGUCCCGAUCGCGUUACCUGAUGAAUAAUGAAGGAUGCUCAGCGACAGCCUCCUCCCACUGAACCGUCCGUGUUGUUACAAAGUCCACCGUCGCCGCUCGAAGCUUCAGGAACAGGAUUCGUCGCUGCGGUGAAACGGCACCAAACUGGCAGAAAUGUCCUUAAAAGCCAGGUCUCAGUCGGACCUGCAGCAGACCGGGUCCUCGCUGGACGACGGCCUGAGCCGGUCCUUCUCCACCAGCAGCAGCAACCUCCACAAAGCAGGAGCGGACGAGGUCAAAGGUCAGUCCAGGAGCAUCAGGAGGCCGGUGAGGGCGGUGAGGCCGCUCAGCGCCGCCAGCGCCAGCGGCUCCUUCCUGCAGAUCAACCACCUGCAGGGAGAGCUGGUCCGAAAGAGGAAGGAAUGCGAAGAUCUGAGGAAGGAAAACAAGCACUUAUCAAAUGAGAUCCACAUGGAGAGGAUCACGAUGCGCACGGAGAACGAGCUCAUCAUGAGGAACCUCCGAAACCUGAACCAGGAGCUGCAGGCCCAAAUCAAAGAGCUCAAGCAGAAGCUCUAUCAGAGCCAGCAGAGGGCGGCGCUGUGCUCCCGGGCUGCAGGUGAAGCCGAGGAGUCCAGGAACGAGGCGGAGAAGAGCCGGGUGCUGACGGAGGCGCGGGCCCUCGCGUGUCAGAGGGACAGGGAGGCGUCUGAGGCCGACAGACGGCACCUGAGCGAGGAGCUGCAGCGGCUCAAAGACCAGCACACAAAAGUGCAGCUGUCACUGACACAAACAGAGAAGAACUGCUUCGAAAGCAGGCUGAAGCUGGAGCGGAUCACGGGUGAGAAACAGGCCCUGCUGCAGGAGAUCAGGAUCCUGGAGGGAGACAGGGAGGAGCUGAGGAACCAGCUGAGGCAGGUCACACAGGAGAACGCGCAGGUUAAAGAGAGUGAGAUCAGCUCGAGGCGCAGAGCGCUGGUGUCGGAGGAGGACAGUCAGAAGGCCCUUCAGGCCCAGCGGGAGGCCGACGCCGAGCGGCGCCUGGCGGAGAGGGAGCGGCAGGAGAGGACGGCCGAGUGCCUGAGCUGGAGGCAGCGCUACGGGGAACUGGCCGACCGGGUCCGAGCCCAGGAGGACCUCCGGGCUCUGAGGCAGAGCAAGGCCUGUCAGGCCAACAUCAGGAGCUAUUUCCUCUGCAUGACAGAGAGCGACCAGAGGGUGAAAAUCCUCAAAAACCCAGACGGCAGCGCAAGAAACUUCACGGAGGGAGACCCCGUGUACAUCUCCAGCCCUGAGUCCAGCACAGACGAGCCGGACAGGAGCUCAUCCAGGACCACGCUGAGGGUCUCGGCCCCUCACACGGGAAGGGACCCGGGUCCGAGUCACUUCGACGAGCUGCCGGCCUUCAGAGGAGAGCGGCCGGACUCGGCGCCGCCGUGCCGGAGCAGGAAGGUGGUGGAGUACUUCUGGAUCCCCGCGGAUCAGGAGUAGUUUGACUUGCAUCAACUCCUUUUGAUGAAAAGGUGCAGUUUGUAUUAGUGUAUGGUGUUUAAUGUUACCCAGUGUCUCGACUUCGUAUGAUGUGUGGCUGAUGUUGGAAGCAGCAUCCUUAAUAAAGGUGAAACCUACUUCUGGUGCUCAUGUACUGGUCUUUAUUGACAUUAAAGCAAUAGAGGUGCACAAUAUCGAUGAAUACCUUACAACAUGAUCCAUAUCCAUCGUCUUCUACACAGACACGGCUCAGAGCGUCACUACUAGGUAAAACCGGCCUUUUUAGUCACACACCAGCUAAAAUUUUUGCCAAUUUAAAGAAACAAAAUUUGAAAUUUGUUUUUCCAUGUAGAUUGUGGAUUAAGUAUCAAUUAAUGUCAUGACCACGCCGUUGUUUGUCCAAUGACUAAACAUGCUGCUCUUCCAUUCCUACAUAUUAAUACUUGUAAACCAUGUGACGCUUCUGUUAAUUUUUGUACAACCAGGCCAGGAGCAAACCAAAUUCAUCAGCAUCUACGUGUGCUGAGUUUUAUUCUUAGAUUCCAUUAUCCCAGCACAGAACAAACAAAAGCCCAUCUAACUAAGAGGUAGAAACACAGGCGACGUUAAAGGCGGCAAACCGAUGAUUAGUUCUCUUUUCAAUAUUGUAACAUUGGGAGGAUGAGUACGCAAGCACUGAUGUAAAGACGAUGAGAUGUAACUAAAAGGGGAGGAGCCUCCUGAUGAGGGAAAAACAAAUGGAAGAUGCUCAUCAGUCACCACGAAGAGCACUUUUAUUAAAAAGAAAACAAAAAAGUCUGAAAACAUUUUAGUAAGCACUGGUUGACCACACGCAUGUAUUUGCCAGCUCAGGCCUCACUCGCUUCACAUCAACCGUCAACGUCUGAAACACAGGCUGAACGCUGCAUGGAGGAGGUUCACCGUUCGGAUCCGCCUGGAUCCUUCUGCCAUCAGGUGUCACACGUAACACAGGCCCGAACAGAGGAUUCAAGCACAUUACUGACUAGACCUCAGCGUGGAACUAACCUUGGCCAAGAACCCUACCAAUUUCAUUUCUUUACGGGGGGAAGCCUACACAUCCUUAAAUAAAGCAGUUCACUAUCGAGUACAGUUCAAAUCAUCAAAGACUGAGCAGAAAUAAAACAAAAAACA